UAGUGGACAGAAUUCUGUCGCGGAUAAUGAUAAAACUUUGAAUAAGACGCCUUGUACUCACGCCCUGUACUCUCGGUGUAGUGAGACCUAGCCGGUCCACAUUGGCCUACAACUCUCGCAAUUAAUCACAUCUGUCCUGUUGUGGACGUUCGAAGGUCAGAAAGAAUGUGGGUCUGGAUUGUGAUUGUGCUUUCCAUCCUUCCUUUAGAGUCAUAUGCUGAUUGCCCAUCCACUUGCAAUAAUGGAGGAACUUGCAACGUCAAUGUGUGUGCAUGUCGCGAUGGAUACAAGGGGCCGACAUGCGAUGCAGUGGAUGUCUAUGCGCUCUCCAAGGGAACCUCUGUUGCUGAGGGAGCGACAUUUGACAUAACAGUAACACGGGCUGAUUCGGGAACGGCUGUCACGUUGACUGUGGCCACUUCUGGUGUUGCGACUUCCAACUCGGACUAUGCCCUGCCUGCGUCCACUGUGGAAAUGGCUGUUGGGAAAAGUGUUGCAGUUGUAACAGUUAAUGUGAUUGAUGAUGACGAAGCAGAAAUUGAAGAGGACAUCACAGUCCAGAUGACCCUGAACACUCCACCAAGCGCUACAACAAUCAGAACAGUCCAAUAUAUGAUCACAGACAAUGACCCUCUUGGUAUUGCAUUAAACAUAGCCACAAAAACAAAAGAAGGAAGCACCAUUACUUUUAGUGGCGUUCAGUUCACCUUACCGAGUGGAGGUGCGAAUCCAAUCCCGUUGACGAUGACGGUUAAGGCGAUCACGGCGGCGGAGAACACAGACUACACCGUGUCGGCGACGUCUUCCGUUACCAUCAACUACGACCCGGGGGAUGCUGGAUCUCGGAGCGCUCUCGACUCUUUUGUAAUAAGUCUACCCGAUGAUGAGUUGGUUGAACCAGACAAGACUUUCAGCAUUGACUUCACAUCUGACUUCCUGCUGACAGGCGAUGUCAGCACCAGCAUCACUAUUGAGAAUGAUGACCCAUAUGUCGUGACGGUAGCAGAUCCUGGCGUUGUUGUAGAAGGGGGGACUGUGACACUGACAUACACCAGGGACACCCCGGUUGGUGACCUGACUAUCGACAUCAGCAGUACCGAUGGCACCGCCGUGUUUGCUCUCGAUUACACUACAGCUGCCUCAUCACUGACUUUCAACUUGCUUUCUGCUACCGCUCAGUUCACCAUUAUCGAUGACCAAGAGUAUGAACCAAGAGAAUCAUUCACGGUCACUGCCAGUUCUCCGUCACUGAAAUCAAGUGUUGCGGUCACUAUCUUCAUCGAUGACAAUGACAAGCCAGCGAUUCAGACCACACCACUGACUGUAGCUGAAGGGGACGGCACGGCGACCUUGACCUUGACAAGACCUACCACGUGGGAAGCUCUGUCCAUUAACUACUCGACCACAGGUGGAUCUGCGGAAACUGACACUGACUUCACGUCGGGGUCGGGGACAAUAACCUUUGCAGUUGGCGAGGGAGAGAAAACCAUUUCGGUUGAUAUCGUGAACGAUCAGGUAUACGAACCCCAGGAAAACUUCACCAUAGCUAUAACUUCAUCGGCGCAGCUGCGAGAAGAUCCAUCAACGACCAUCACUAUUGUCGAUGACGAUGACGAGACUGUAACGCUGACGUCGUUCCCUGCAUCGUAUGAGUCCACCAGUCUGGAGGUCACGUUACAACGGACGCUGGCUGUUGAUGCACUAACGGUCCAUGUGACUACCACGGAUGAGACGACGGCUGCUGCUGAUUUCACGCACCUGUCCAAUUAUGACGUCACUUUCCCCAUCGGUUCCCUCACUGCCACCUUUAACAUUGACAUCACAGAUGAUGCAGACAUUGAAGGUGAUGAGGUCUUCACACUGGACAUAGCUGGACCAAACGUUGCACCCUUUGCCCCGGUAAACGCCACGAUAGUCGACAAUGAUAAAAGUAGGUCUUUUGACUGCCGCCGGAAGGGUAGCGCGUGCAAUAGUUCAGACGAGGUAUGCCGCCCUACACUGCCAAUCUGUGAAUGUGUCGGGCAGCCGGCAAGGGAGGGCGAUGAGUGCAACAUUGUCACAGAAUGGAAGACUGACAGUGCUUGCCGUCAGAACAGCUGUAACAGCAAUGGAGAAUGUCAGGAGAAUGGCGGUUUAACCUCAUGUGCUUGUUUUCCUGGUUACUAUGGAGACAACUGCGAACACACCUACUUGAAAGCUGAAUGUACGAAGGACAGCAUGGUGUUCUAUGCAAAGCCACACGGAGACUUUCAAGGGGCAAUAUAUGUCAUGGAUAAGAUGGACGAAAGUGAUUGUGUGGCAGCCAGGGUUCCCGACCCACCACAACCGGGAGACGACAUCGACGAUGAUCUCAAGGGUUUCUUUGUAAACGUAACCCAUUCAAGUGCUGCGUGUGGAGUGAUCUCGCCCCAGGAAGGGAGUGCUGAUAUCCGAUACACGCGAGAGUUUAUGAUCCAGUACAACACGGCAAUCAACACCGGGCUGGACCAAGUGGUCACUGUCAUAUGCAGGUUUAACAAGAACAACCUCCUGGUCAGUGUUGAGGCGGUGACCAUUAACUCGAAUCUGGACCCGUUCACCAAGGUAAAUGCGACCAACACGUUCUCCCCAGUGUCACUGGCUGCCGACAUAGAUGGAUCACCGGUGGUAUCAACGUCCCCGAUCCGUCUGUCCAAAAAGGUCUGCGUCACACUCGAUGUUCCACCAGAGUUUGGUGGUCUGGAGAUUCUGGACAUUACGUUCAACAACUCUCUUCCCGCUACGCCCAUGUCAUGGCCGGUGUACACGCAGGGUUGCCAAGCUAGUGACUCUAUCGCUGUGCUGGUCAAUUUGCCCUUCUACCCGCAAACCAACAAGCGCAUCAUCAGGUUCUGCUUCUGGGCCUUCAAGUUUGUCAACAGUUUCCGUCUGACCGUGGAAGUCAACCUGCGAGUGUGUGUCAACGCUGGAGAUUGUGACGUGCGCAAGUGCACCAGUCGACGCAAACGUCAGUCAUCUAACGAGGAGACCACUGUUCAGUCAACGUUCAAUAUCUACAUCCCAGAAACCAACGCCUCUAGCGGUCAGACAAAUGAAUCAAGCACCACGGUUUCCCAAGUCAGUGAAAGCAGUUCGUGUAGAUUGCCGUUUGAAUUCCUCCCCACCGUUCUCUGUCUGGGAGGUCUUGUGGUGGCGCUUGUGGCACUCUGCGUGUUCCUCACAUUCAGGCUUCUGCACAAACCAAAGAUGCGAUGAAACACUUCCAGAUCCAAUCCACAACACCCAUGUGCCGCAUCACAAAGAGGGACCUAGGCCCUGUGCCCUUUUCCAGUCUCGACUUGAUACCUUGAAGUAAUACCAAGCCAAAGCAAUAUUUAUAUAUUUUUUAUUAACGAAUUCCACCAACCGGAGCCGAAAUCCACAAUAAAAAAAAUGAAGAAGUUUCAAUUUAUUUUCCCACCCGCUCUUUGACAUGUUUGAUUGAUUGGAAACAUUAAAAUAGUUACACAAAACUAUAUAAAUAUAUUACGUCAACGGCAGAGAACAAUCAGUCUCGACCAUCUUCUGCACCGUAACAUAUUCCAUUUGGAGAUAAGGCAAAAUAGUGUCGACAAUUAUAUUUACUAUUUACUGUUCAUGUAAUAGUUGGCCAAAUGCAUCGUAAUGUAGUCUACGGCCAUGUUAGGAAUUGAUCGAAGCCUUCUAAACUAGUUACUGAAAAAUACAAAACACCCUUCCAUUAAAUCAAUGUAAGCAUUUUUAACUACUAACUCGCCGACCAAAAAGACUAUUUUCGUAAAUACAUAUCAUAUUGAACUAGAAUUGUAAUGUAUUUCUAUUUCGAAUCCAUGGCAACUAACUGAUACCUUAUUGUGUUAUGUACGUCACUUUAAUUUGAGGAGCACGAUUAAUUAUUUCUAGUAGUAAUCUUUUGUAUUUAGUUUAAUCCUUUUGUAUGAUGGCGAUGUGAUCCACACACACUAUCCCUAGGCCAUUUAUAUAAAUACAAUCCCGACACAGUCAGACGUCAUAAUGAACCAUAUGCACGUAGUUAGUUCAUUCUUUUUACAAUUUCGUUACAAUGGAUGGUGUAUAGUUAUCUUUUGUGGUAUUUAUUUGACACUUCAGGGGCAUGUGGGAAUUGAAUUUUGGACAACUAUAUCACCACAUGUGCUUUUCUAAAGGAACAUACAUUUGGAUGGUAUUGGGUGGCAGUGGGGGUCUGAACCAACUUUUCAAUAAGAAAACCUCUUCAAACCCCCACCCCCCAAGACAUGAAAUGGAUGCUCCCUAACCUAUACUGUAUGGUUGGUACUGUGCGUGGGCUAUCAUAAAUGAGAUUACACCACUCACGUUUUACAUUUGGGUACCUGCGUUUGAUAUACAUCGCAUGAGUAUAUUCUUUUAACGACAUGUGUGAAAAUAGGUCUGAAUAUGUGUGUUAUUAGGGUAAUACUUGUCAUGGUUUUAAAUAGCUAUUUUCAAACAUGGCUAGGACUCCCUUUAAUGUACAAUAUAUAUCAGAUCUGGCAAGACUAAGUGGAUGAGCGCUGAGCAUGUGCCAAUAAUUGCAAUUAUGCACUGCUUCAUUGUCACAUAUGUGAUAUGCUAUUUGCAUGCUAACAACACUUCUCAUUCCCAUCGAAUGUCAUCGUUUAAUGGUUACUGUCAUUAAUGCCAUCCCGUAUGUACAUAAAAUCCAUCAAAGAAGGAAGGUUGCAUUGGGAAACAGCGUGCCUUUCGAGCAAAUUAGUAAAUACAUCUUCUAAUAUCUUGAUAAUCAUAUUGAUUAUGUAUUAUAGUCAGAUGACAUAGCUUUUGACAAGGUCAAAUCAAAGCUUUCAAAACGUUUAUUAUGUUAGACAUGUGUAGUUCCCGUGUAUCUCUUUCAGGUGAAUAAUUAACUGGCUUGCGUUUGUGACAAGUGACACCGGUGGGGCUGGUUACGGCAGACAUUUCGCGAACACCUGGUGUCAUCACUCUCUGAUAGUGAUUCAUAAACGAUUACUUUUGAUGUAGUCGGAGUCGUACAAUGGAUUUUUAUUGCUUUUAUCUAGAGGGUAUACAUAUCAGGGUACAAAGUUCAUAUAAUAUUCAUUGACUUGUCAUAAUUUACGAAAAGGAAAAUAAGAGUGACCGUGUCGUAUUACUGUCGUACGUACUUAGACAAACCGGUGAUAUUCCUGAUUAAAUAUUAGUAUAUUCAUACUAAAUGAUUGGUGUGAAAUAUAUCUUUUCCAUAUAACAUACCGAAUACUUUUAAAUGCAUGUUACGGCUUCAGGAAUGGAAUCAAAUAGUUCAGGAGUACUUGUCAAGGGGGUGAGGGGGUAUUACUGGAAGAUUACGUUAAUAUAUGAUAGAAAGGAGCUAGUGUUUUACAUGACGCAUCCCAGAGACAAUAUUACAUGUAUGCAAUUUGCGAAAUGUUCUGUCUACUGAAUCAUGGCCACAAUUUUCUCUAAGGAAAAGUUGAGUUAAAUAUUGAGCUGUAUAGUUUUAUCUUAUGUUUGUGUUCUUCCAAAUAUGUUAUGAUGUUACCUGUAUAGUGUUGUGGUGAAGAUACAUUUGUUGAUAACAUACACUGUCCUGAAAAUGAAGGUACAUUCUUCAUGUACAAAACCCUUAAACGGUCACCAUUCAUUUGAUAGGUAGUAUCUUGUUUGUUCAGGUUAAAGAGCACUUGCAGAAUAUCUCCUUUGUGUGAACUAAUGCCUCAAAUAAUGUUUUCAAACUUUUAAAAUCACGUAAAUCGAAGAUUUAAGUUGGCUUAUUCGUGUCACGUUGUCCGUCGUCCAUCCGUUCUUCUUCAGUUUACAUUUUCUUCUCCACUGAAACCAAUUUUGUUUGUUUGUUUGUUGUUUACGCGGCCGCAAUGUUUUUUAGAUAGACCCUAAGAUGUUUUCUGUUGUGUUGCAGCACGUCGCUUGUUAUGAACCGUUCACGCAUGUAUGCGUGCUAUUCUUAAUAAACUGUUUCCUUCUCCA